GCCCGGGCGGGAGCACCGUGAGAGGUGCCGCAGCUCGGCGCCGACCCUGCGCUCGGGGUCCCUGAACACGCCCGGCGGCCGCUUCCUGCCGCUCCUCCCCUUGGGUGAGCAGGGCGCAGCGGGUGUCUGAGCUGAGAAGCCGAGGCAGGGUCGCGCGUAUGGCUUCGGCGGGAGCGCGGCGGUUCCCGGCCCGGACGCGCGCUGCAGCCCAGCACUGCUGCGGCCUUGGGCUCCACCCGGCCCCGCCCCUGGUCCCUCCGCUACAGCCACGACCAGUGAGGUUUCUGACCGUCUGCAGCCUUCUCUUGCCCCGGGCUGCCCAGGUCUUGGCUGGCGAGGCUGGCUUACCUCCCAGCCGUUCCUUCAUGGGCUUUGCUGCCCCCUUUACCAACAAGCGAAAGGCCUACUCGGAGCGUAGGAUCAUGGGGUACUCAAUGCAGGAGAUGUACGAGGUGGUGUCCAAUGUCCAGGAGUAUCGCGAGUUUGUGCCCUGGUGCAAGAAGUCUUUGGUGGUAUCCAGUCGUAAGGGUCACCUGAAGGCCCAGUUGGAGGUUGGCUUCCCACCUGUCAUGGAACGUUAUACCUCUGCAGUUUCCAUGGUCAAACCUCACAUGGUCAAGGCUGUUUGCACCGACGGCAAGCUCUUCAACCACUUAGAGACCAUUUGGCGAUUCAGCCCUGGUAUUCCAUCCUACCCCCGAACUUGCACUGUGGAUUUUUCAGUUUACAUCCCCCAAGGAAGUAGGUUACUUCCAGAAGCCUGCAUCAGGAUAUGCAGUUUUAAGAAACCUGGAAUCAUUUGCAAAAUGCCAAGAAGAACAGGAUCCUGGACUAGGCAAACUAGUAUCUGUGGAAUAUAUACUAACUUCAAAAUACAUGGAAAGUAUAACUGGCCAUAUGAUAAUGAGAUUACAGAAAGAGAUAAUUUCAACUUCCACCAUUGAGGAUGAAGUUCAUAAAGCAACUAGUGUUUGACCAGGUAUGACACUGUGGGAUCCUUACUUCGCUUUUUAUAGUAGUCAAUGCUGCAUAGGUAAGAAGAGUUAAAAAAAAUAAAAAGAACCAAACAGGGAACUACUGCUUAUUUCUUUAAGCUAAGACUGAAAUGCUUUUUAAUACUUGUACCAACUCAUUCUUCCUCUAUAAAACCCUGGAAAAAAAGACGUUAAAACAUGCUACCAUCACCAUCAUAACCGUCUUGAAUAAGAGUAACAAAACUGACCAUGAUCAUCAUUGUGAGCCACCAUCUCUAUUGCUAGUAAAAAAGUCUGGCCAAGAUUCUUCCAUUUAGCUAUCAAUCAUUACUAAGAAGACGCAGAAAAAGAAGAGAGCAGGUAUUAAUGGUGACAAGACCAUGGAACAAAGAAAGCCCACCUUUGAAUCUGGUCUCCACCAUUUACUAGCUGCAUGACUUGGGCAAGCUAGUUAACUUCUCUGAUCCUCAGUUUUCCUAUCCAGUAAAAUGGGAACAAUAAAUAGCACCUACCUCACAGGGUUGUUCUGAGGAUUAAAUCAGAUAAUGGAUAUAAAGCAGUUAAGCAUAAUACUUGGCAAGUUCUCAAGAGCUGUUAGCUGUUAGGAUGAUGAGGAUGAUGAUUUUAUUACAAACAAUUUCAAAACCUACAUCUACCAUUCCUGACCUUAUAAAAGGUGGCAUUACUAACAAAACUUGAUCUGUCAGCUACUUAGAAAAUUCUAUUAAAUUCAACUUGUUAAGGCUACUUCACAAUUAAACAGCUGGUUGCCUCAUAGUGAUCUCUCUGUCAUAAGUGAAGUUACAGUCAAUCAGAAGGAGACCUAAAAGCUGCUUAAACUCUUUCAACAAGAGAUGCCACUGUUCAUCUAAAAUGAAAGUGUUCUAGAGAAAUUGUUCUAGGCAAAUCAUUCUCUUGAGGUAUAUGUCAAAAACAGUAUGAACUGAUGAUUCUAAGAAAAGACUUAGAUCAUAUAUAAACUCCUUAAUAUACAUUUUAAAUCAGAGAUAAUUAGCUGAAUGCUGUCAUGUAAUUCUGAUUAGACAGUCCACAGUAAAUUAACCAAGACAGAAAACUGAAUUGAAAUAGCUUGCCUGAUCUUUGAGACACAAAAGAUGUGGCAGCAAAAGAGCAUCAAGCUCUGCUGUGCUCUUUUUGUAUAACUUGGUGGCUCCCUGAUCUAUGGGUACCUGUGUGACACCUAAGACUCAGAGUUCUACAGCUCUGAAAGUCAGCAUUACCACAUACAGCAACUGUUAAAGAAGAUGAAAAAGAGAUCAGACUUCAAUUAGAGAUAU